GGCGAACCUUCAUAUAAUGAAGCCAAAUAUCUUGUUGUUAAUGUUUUCAAUUUUGGACCAAGAACGUUAAGAUUUGUAAGUGCACAGAUAGCAGCGGGCGUCGCAGUAUCUAUUCCUGAUCCGGGUGCCGUUAUUACUUCAAGAGCUAGUAAAGGAAAUAUGGCAAGGUUAGUAUUUAAGCAAAACGAUUGGAGUAUAAAUCCAAGAGGCCCAGAAGUCAAUCUAAUUUUUAAGGGAAAAAAAGGUGGAUUUAAUCAUGGAAAUGGUUGUAUUAAAUUUGAAUUAUUUGAAGAGUUGUAA